UUCCCCGGGAGGAAGAGCAGCUCCGUCUUGCCGAGGUUCAGCUUGAGCUGGUGAUCCGUCAUCCACACUGAUAUGUCUACUUCAUUAAACGACUUUAUGAAAUGUGAACUUAUGUACCCACAUUGUUUCCCUAUGUCCUAUAUUAGCAUUUAACAAGUGCUGGCAACUCUGUGGUCCAUACAAAGAUGAAAAAAGAUGGGUUUUAUUUACGUUAAAUAUUAGUUUGUAUUUGUGUUAUUUAUUAGGUUUAAUUAACCAAAGGGGAUAAGUAAGAUGAGUGUUUAAAUAAAUACAGUAGGUUGCAACUUGAAAUAUAGGUUUGUUAAUAAUCAAAUAUAACAGUUGGCGUCGAAUCAUAUAUUUGGUUUCAACAAAUGCAACAACAAAAAAAUGUUUCGAUUGAGAACCUUACUCAUUUACUUGUAACUAUUUGAAGCAAUUUUUACAGUACAUGUCACAUAGCCACCAAUGCUAUCGGCAGAUUUAUCCACAUUUUACAUCUCACGUGUGGGCUAUAUUAUAGGCCAAUAGCCAGCCUAGACAUAUUUAUCAAGUAGCCUAUCGGACCACAGCCACUUAGGGCAACUCAGAACACUGGAUGUAUUUAGUUAAAUAUUCAUAUUUAUUUGAUGUUGAGAAAAGAUUUUUAAAAUUCUAUGCCGAACAUCUCACAUGGUUCGGGACCACUGUCCUCCAUAUGUUGUCCAUGAGCACUCCCUCUUACCCUCAUCCAUCCAGCCCUGCGCUUUUCCCUAGAAUGGUAUGCCCCGGCAUGAGCCUAUUGAGCCUGCUGAUGCGAUACAUCUCUACACCCUGGACGCUCCUAUUAUUUUCUUCUGCACUCUGCAAAGCCUCGAAUGUGGAUUGGGUGAAGAUGUAGGAUACAGCUCUAAAAGGAUGCUAUACAUAGAUAGUGUAUGUUCUAUAAUGUAGACUAGUCACUGUAUAUUUGUUUGAAUUAGGCUACAGUUGUCUUGUGUCUGGCUACGUUGGAUUACCUGGAGUAGCUAGAAUCAUCCGUCGCGCCCUAAUGGGCUUUGAUUGUCUAUCCUAUUCAUAGGGAGUGAGUAUCAACAUGAGGGAUGCUGAACGAUUCGGAUGAGUCGUUUUGGGGGCAAGAUGCGGACAGAAUGGCUGGGGCAGUGCUUCGUAGGAUGCUGAGGCUUUGUGAUGGUGGAUUCUUGUGGAUGGGAAAUGCUCCCUGAUCUUCCCUGCCCUACUCCUCCCUCUCCUGAAAACCCCAAUCCCUCCAUCUCUCGUUCUCACUUUCUCCAUCACUCCAUCACUCUCUGGUCGCCAUGACGUCCACGCUGCAAACGCUGGCGCUCAAGCUAGCCCCGCCCCCUCAGGACCUAAACCCUGAGCGGUUGGAUGGCUGCGAGGAGACGGACCAGCGCUACAAAGUGGUUCCCUCCGUCGUGUGCUCCAUGUGUUGCCUCUUCGGCAUCAUCUACUGCUUCUUCGGGUACCGUUGUUUCAAGGCGGUGAUGUUCCUGACGGGCCUGAUGUUCGGCUCCAUCGUCAUCUUCAUGUUGUGUUAUAAGGAGCGCGUCCUGGACACCCAGCUCAGUGUUGAGGCCUCUGUGGGCAUCGGCCUGGGCAUCGGCACCCUCUGUGGCCUGGUCACCAUGCUGGUUCGCUCCGUGGGUCUCUUCAUGGUGGGUCUCCUCCUGGGCCUCUUGGUGGCUGUGGCUACCCUGGUGGGCAUGGAAGAGCUGUCGAACAGCCCCCCGAGGUCGGUCUGGGUCCCCCUGGGGGUGCUGCUCGGCCUGGGCAUGCUGUUCGCCGUUCUCACCCUCCAAUGGCAGCGUUUCUUCACCACCGUGUCCACGGCCGUGUUCGGGGCGGCGGUGAUCACCGUGGCGCUGGACUACUUUGUGGAGCUGUUUUCCCUGGUGCUGUACCUGUAUGAGAGGGUGAAAGCGGCGCCCAGAGGGAGGCCCGUCUGCUGGAUCACCUGGGUGGUGCUGGGGGUGUGGCCUGCUCUGACGCUCCUGGGGGUGCUAAUACAGUGGAAGGUGACAGCAGAGGGAUACUCCCACACCAAGGUGAUAAUCAGUCGUCAGCAGCGGCGGGUCCAGCUGAUGCGUAUCCGUCAAAAGGAGGAGCGGAGGGACCGCAGCAGGAAGAGGAAGAAUAAACAACAGAGAGACUCCACCCACAGCUCCCACCCUCCCAAACCCCUGCACCCCGAGCCCGCUUAUCGCAGGAAACCCAACCCUAUACGACGCUUUGACGGGGACGUCCUAUCGCCUAGUUACAUCCAGAGUUUCCGGGACAGGCAGGUGGAGGCCAGGCUGUAUCCUGGAGGGGGCAGACUGAUGGGGGGAGGAGGGGCUCACACUAAUGUGGAUGUGGACUAUGACUGUGGCUCCACCACGCCCCUCACUGCAGCUGCAGGACCCUUACUACGAGUCUGAACACUCCCCCAAACACUGGUCCAACCACACCCCCAAUGAUCUGGCAGCCACAUCACACCCCCAAAAGGUGUGACCACACCCACAACCCACCUGUGCUGCAGUAUGGAUCUGACCACACCCCUAAAUGGUGUGACCACACCCCCAAAGGCCUGUAUUGCAGUAUAGGUCUGACUGACCACUCCCCCACCACAAUGCUGGAGCCAAUCAGAGUAUGUGAAUAGGAAAGGCCUGAACUCCUUUUUCUGUUUCACACGCACACCAGCCACAUGCAUGAACAUACUGUACACACAUCCACAAACACUGCAGUGGAAGUGGAUCUGGUGAAAAGAGAGAGGAAUGCAGGGCCUCUAACUGGAUGACUGUUACCUGAGGCUUCUCUCUCCAUCCAGCCAGUCCCCAUCAGGACACAGUUUAAAGAAGCAUGGCUCAGGUUUCAAACGAAGCAUCGUUUUACCAUGGACACCGGAAUACAAUCCUCUCUUCAGGAUUUUGAAAGAUUCAACUUAGUGUGUCUACUACUCUGCAGUCUUAAUUCCUCAAAUCAUUCUCUGUCGUCAACAGGCAGUUCCUUUGUACUGCGUUUCUACGCUUCCAUCCUAUGGAGUUGGGACCUUCUGAUGAGAACUGACUAGUCAUAAACACCCCUGCUCUGUGCCAUGCCAGCCCAACAACAGAUCACCUCCUGGGAAGAAGAAUGUGUGUCUUUUAAGAGGAAGCAUUAUGCAUUCUUGGUGCUGGACGAUAUCCUUCUUUGGAAAGCAGUUUGAACUCCCCCUUCUUUAAAUGAAGUUGGGAGAUCCGGUUGAUUUAUGGGUGCCUUGUGAUUGCCCUUACUUGGACUGUACCACUCAGCAGUGGGAUAGGGGUUAUUGGCAGUGGUCGCUGACUGAGAGAUGUGAGAGACUAUAUGAUAACAUGCUAUAUUAUUAUAGUGACAGACAACAAAGUUGUUGCGAUAGGAAUGAGGGUAGGCCUAUGUCUAGCAGAGGAACAACAGUGACCCAAUCAGGGAGCAAGCAAGGAAACAGUGGAUGGUGAUUGGUCUAACCUGCCCUGGUCUCUACCAAAAGGAACACUACAGGAAGUCAGCACAGGGUCAGCAAGAGGUCAAUAAAGAGUUCAAAACAGAAAGGGGUCAGAAUAAACGAUCGACCAAUACAAGGAGAGUAUUGACCACUCCCCAUCCACUCUCAAGAGAGGACCGUUCAGGUCACAGAGGAUCGCCUACAUAUAGAUAGACCCCUACAUAAUGUGCAUUGGGUUUUCAAUAUGGGUCAUAACAUUCUGUCUAUUGUGUAUCAGUAAAUGACAUUACAUUUAUGGUUUAUUAUUGUCUUUGACUCAGACUGUGAGUGUGAAACAACGUGAUAAUAUAAUACAGGUGUGAUGUUGUUAUUAUUAUUAUUAUGAUUAUGAUUGCCCCAUUGGGCUGUGGGUCGGGACAGGGUAUGAGAAUCAAAGUUAUUUUCCCAGAAUCUUCCAGGGGAAACCUAUCUGGCUGCAUGACUCAGUGGUUCCUUCCUGUUCCUGUCCCCCUCUCUUACCUGUCCCCCGUGGCAUUGUCCUCCUCACCUCACCAGACAGUGGUUCCUAUCCCCUCUAGCCUGGUGGCCCCACAUCUAACAACCACAUGCAUAGUUCCUAAACACUUCUCAUGAAUAGCUUCUUAAUAAUGCAUUAUAAGAACAUGUACAAUGCCUUAUGCGCUAUAAUGCAUAGAGAUUAAAUUGAUAUUCAUGAGCACUUAUGUGCUUAUUAUACAUUAUGAAGAGCAUAUUCAUAGGAAGUGUUAGCAAAUUAGCCUGAGUGCCAGUCUUGUUUAAGACUUCAUUUCAACUCCUUGCCAUGACAAUGAGUUGGCAUGGCAGCACAAACAGAUCUGGGACCAGGCUGUUACAGAGUUGGCCAUACAGCACAAACUGUAGAGAUGUGUGCAUUCUUCUGAUCUGUACAUAAACAACACUGUAUUUUUACCAUU